AUGGCUUAUGACCGCUUCAUUGCCAUCUGCAGACCCCUGCACGAUGGCACCAUCAUGGGCAGCAGAGCCUGUGUCAAAAUGGCAGCAGCUGCCUGGGGUACUGGUUUUCUCAGUGCUCUCCUGCACACUGCUAACACAUUUUCAAUACCACUCUGCCAAGGCAACACCGUGGACCAGUGCUUCUGUGAGAUUCCUCAGAUCCUCAAGCUCUCCUGCUCAGAUGCCUAUCUCAGGGAAGUUGGGCUUCUUGUGGUUAGUGGCUCUUUAGCCUUUGGGUGUUUCAUUCUCAUUGUGGUGUCCUACAUGCAGAUCUUCACUGCUGUGCUGAGGAUCCCCUCUGAGCAGGGCCGGCACAAAGCCUUUUCCAUGUGCCUCCCGCACCUGGCUGUGGUCUCCCUGUUUGUCAGCACUGCAACGUUUGCCUACCUGAAGCCCCCCUCCAUCUCCUCCCCAGCUCUGGAUCUGGUGGUGGCUGUUCUGUACUUGGUGGUGCCUCCAGCAGUGAACCCCCUCAUCUACAGCAUGAGGAACAAGGAGCUCCAGGAGGCACUGAGGAAACUGAUUCAAGAGGUACUACUUCAGCAGCAAUGA